AUGUCGUCAGUGAUUCGUAAAACCGGAGAGCUCUUCACCUUACGACACCUACUGAACAUCAGCACAACGAUUAGCGAAACACCGGACUUCUAUUGGGACCGAUCCGAUGUUGAAAAACUCUUCCAAAAUCUCAAAAGUGCACUUAGCGUGCGGAGUCGAACUAGAAUCCUCAACUCGAAGCUGGACACGUGUUGCGAAUUGGCGGAGAUUCUAACAAAUCAUCUGCAAGCACGACAUUCUUCACGACUGGAGUGGAUGAUCAUUGUCCUCAUUCUGAUUGAAGUUAUCUUUGAAGUUCAACGCAGCCGAUCGGGGAAAGGUUCGCAAGACAGCCAGAAGAAACGGGACACAUGA